AUGGCUGGUCCCGUUCUGUUAGGUUUAUCGCACCCGAUUCUAUUGGGUGCACUAGGCGGCUUUGCAGUCGCCACAGCAAUCAUCAAGAGAGAAGCCAUUCUGGAGUUUGUUGAGGAUAUAGCUUAUAAAGUGGUUGAUGCAGCUGAAAAACGCAAGGCUCGUCAGAAGGCUCAAAUGGUGAGCAUAAAUUAUGGAUCGUCAUACAAGGCACUGGAGUGGGAUCGGGAUCAAGACGAGACAGCCGACCCAACGGCCAAUACCAGCGCUAUUGCGGGUGACGAUAUAUUGGAGUGGGUUUCAUCAAGUCAAAAUAUGAGACAUAGACAUUCUUAUGACCCGGAAACAUCCGAUGGUCCGUCAACUCCGUCUGAAAGUGAUGCAGAAGAGGGAGACUCAGCUGGAUCCAGGACAGCAGCGGCUAAUUCGAUCUCUUCCCUUUCAAUUAUUUCGCCCUCAGAGUUGGAUUGA